AUGUACUGCUAUGUAUGCGCCGGCCUCGUUCUCGCAUCCCGUCUUUCCGGGGACCCCUCGAAGAAGAUGCUGGUGCUCGAGGCUGGCGGCGCACACUUCAACGACGCCGCUAUAGCCGGCGGAAAGGGUCUCGGCGGCUCUUCUGCAGUCAACUUCUACAUGUGGUUGCGCGCAAAGAAGGAGCGCCCCGGAAACCCUGGAUGGAACUGGGAGAACCACCUCAAGUACGCGAUCAAGUCUGAAACAUUCAUUCCGGGGUCAAGUGAGGCGGCUGAGAAAGAGCGCAAGACACACGACCCCGCGGUCCACGGCACAGACGGUCCCAUCACGAUCAGCUUCCCGAACAUGAACAGUGGGUUGGAGAUCGCAAUGCAGGACUCGCUCGAGACCCUCGGCUUCCCGCGCCUGCGCGGCCUCCAGUCGGGCACCCUAGUGGGCGCUGGGAUGGCGGCGACGAACAUGGACCCGCGCGCGAACACGCGCACGACCUCCCAGACAUAUCUCAAGCCCGCGGUGGGCCGCUCGAACCUCAAGGUCCUCGUGAACGCGCCUGUUGCCCGAGUGCUCUCGGCACCCGCUGAAGACGACCAGUUCGUGGCGUCGGGCGUGGAGUUCUUGUUCGAUGGCCAAACGCAUGUGGUCUCGACGUCGUCGAGCGGAGAGGUUAUCGUAUCUGCCGGAACGCUGAAGUACCCGCAACUUAUCUUGGAGCUUUCGGGGGUCGGCGACCCGGCUGUGCUGGAGAAGAUCGGAGUCGAGACCGAGGUUGCACUCCCUGCCGUUAGCACGAACGUUCAGGAGCAUUUAUUUGCGGGAAUUGCGUACGAGCUCAACGAACCCGAGAAGUACAACACGAUCGACGAGCUGGCAGACCCCGCAAAAGUCGCGGAACACAUGGCUCUCUAUCCCGAGGGAAAAGGCCUCUUUACACUCGGCAUAUCUUUGAUGGCCUGGUCAUCCCUGAAGGCGAUCUCCUCGCGCGCCGCAGAGAUAGAGUCGACCGCGCCCACCACUAGCGCCAUUCCCGGUUUGACGGAGCAGUACGCGGAGCAGCACGCGCGCGUCGCCGCGGGCGGCGCGGGCCCCGAGUACACCACCAUCUCCGGCUUCUACAGUUUCCCCAGUGCGUCUCCCACCCCCGUCCGGCCACGUCACUUCAACCGACCCUUCUCGCGCGGGACGAUCCACGCGGUCUCCGCAGACCCGCUUGCGCCGUCCGCGAUUGAACCGCACUACUUCGAGGAGCCCGUCGACCUCGCCACAUACGUCGAGCAGGUCAAGUUCGCGCGCCGCCUCGCGCAGACCGCGCCCUUCUCCGACGUCCUCAGGAAGGAGCUCAACCCCGGGCCCGCGGUCGCCUCCGACGCCGACAUCGCGCUGUGGCUCAAGAGGCACAUGACGACCCUGCGCGUGCACGGGACGGAGGGGCUGCGUGUCGUCGACCUGAGCGUGGUGCCGCUCAUCCCGAGCGCGCACACACAGAGCAUGGUGUACGCGAUCGCGGAGCAGGCGGCGGACAUCGUCAAGGGCGUGUUCGUGGCGUGA